AUGCCUAUAAAGUGUAAUUUAAAAUUACCACUUGAUGGAGACCCGAUAUCUGAUGUGGGUCAAUUUCAAAGAUUGGUGGGCAGACUGAUUUACCUCACAAUUACUCGACCCGAUAUCUCAUAUGCUGUCAGCCUGAUUAGUCGUUUUAUGUACUCUCCACGAGUUGCACAUAUGGAUGUUGUUAAUCGAAUUUUGCAUUAUCUUAAGGGGUCACAUGGAAGAGGUAUAUGGAUGCGUAAGAAUGGUCAUUCUCUUAUUACUGCAUACACAGAUGCGGAUUGGGCUAGCAGUACUAUUGAGAGACGAUCUACAACAAGGUAUUGCACUUUUGUUGAAGGAAAUUUGGUGACAUGGAGGAGUAAAAAGCAAAAUGUUGUUGCACGCUCUAGUGCUAAAGUUGAGUAUCGGCUUUUCAUGAACAAAGAAAAUACAUUGAAGUUGAUUGUCAUUUUAUACGAGAACAAGUCCAAGUCAAGAUAUUUUUGCACCAACUUGAAGGAGAGUGUUGGAGAAGAGAGAUAUUUGAAGGAUUUGCUAAUAUUGGAUAAUAUUAUGGCGCAAUCACGUUUUGGAAGAUUUCCAUAA